AUGGUGGAGCCAUGCCACGAGUCCACGACGGAAGGAGCGCUACGUUUUGACGCCGCCGAUCUGGCAACGGACAGUGUUGUGGUCUACCCCGACAAAGCCGAAGUUAGACGAGUGCUGACGGUGGCACUGCCCAAAGGAACGAAUGAAAUCGUAAUAGAGAAUGUUUCUGCAGUGAUUGAACGUGAAUCAGUUCGCGUAGAUGGGAAAGGUGUUCUGAUUCAAGAGGUUCAAUACCAGGAGAUGCAGAUUCUAAUUCUUGAGCGGGAAAAGGCAAUUGCUGAAAAUGAGAGGUUCGCUGCUGAGGACGAGAUAAGUUUGUUGAAGAAACAGAUUGAGGUUCUUGACGGAGUUGCCGGACAGGAUUUGUUUGGUUUGAAUUUUCUUAUACAAAUGUACAAUAAAUAUCGUAAUAAGGAGUCUAAUUUGGAAAGGAAUUCACUCGAUGGUGCGAAUCCUUGUGGUGUGAACGAAUAUAUCACUUUUAAUCAACAAUAUUUAUCCUUAACCAUAUUCAGAUUAUUUCCAAUUGCAGGUGAAACUGUGUCGAGCAUGAAGAGAACAUUAAGGUUAAAACAACGCGAAUGGGAACAGUACUCGGUGAAAAUAGAGGCUCUCGAAAGACAAAUCGAUCACCUUCGGUGUGGAAACGAAUACGAUUCGGUAAAGAGGUGCUGGUUCCUUCAAGCGACCAUGUCAACAGAACGAGUGCACAUUAUAUGA